GUUUCGAUAAGACUCGCAUAUCACCGGAGAUCACAUCUCCUGCCAUCUGUUACCACUUGAGCGUGCAGCGAGGCUGAGGUGUCUCGGGAAGUUGCAGGAUAGCAAGUAGCAUCGGACAAAGAAGCCAUUUCUAACAUCAUCAUCUGAAUUUCUGCCAAUUCAGAGCUCCGUCAACUCUCGCAUGCGAUGAGGUGUGUUUCCCCCCUAUCGCAUUUCACCUGCGCCGCCUUACUGUUCUGGUUUUAAUCAAGCACGACGUGUCUAGAAGCCCGAUUCCUAUUAAUUACACACGAGAUUGAGAUACAUUGCAGUACUCAGAUAUCGCGAAGAUGGAUGUUAUGGAUGAUCGAGGGCAGCAACACUCCUACAUCAAUGGCCCCAGUCUAGGCCAAAUUCCCGCUCGAACAGUCCCAAUCAUUCAACAACCCACUCUACAACCCCCCGCUUCAUCUGGCGACGCAAUGGAUGUUACGCCUCCCGGUAGCGCGAUAAUGGGACCCCCCUCAAGGACAAGUCCCGAUAACGAAGCAAACGGCUUGCAAGAACACAUGAUUGUGGAUGAUCAACCCAGCUCAGGCAGCUUGGCGACUCCUAGUGCAGCUGCCGCGGCUGCAGCUGGGGGAGGUAUUCAGCCAAAAGUAGUGCAAACUGCGUUUAUUCACAAACUAUACAGUAUGUUGGAAGAUGUUAAUAUUCGACAUCUCAUCUCCUGGUCUGCUACCCAGGAUAGCUUCGUAAUGUCGCCAUCCAGCGACUUUUCAAAAGUCCUUUCGCAAUACUUUAAACAUACCAACAUCUCCUCAUUCGUACGCCAGCUCAAUAUGUACGGAUUUCACAAAGUCAGCGAUGUCUUCCACCAAAAUGCGCCGGAAACGCCGCUAUGGGAAUUUAAACAUGGACAAAACAGUUUCAAGCGCGGAGAUGUCGUUGGUUUGAGGGAGAUUAGACGACGGGCUUCGCGACAAUCUCUCGUUCAUCGAGACUCAUACUCUGCCCCUAAACCACCGCUUUCGCAGCCUGGAACUCCAGGGGAGCCAAUUCAACCAAUCCAGGAAUCAACAGAGUCUAGAUUGAUACAAUUGGAACAUGGUCUUUUUGAUAUGCAUGCUAAACAGGCGAGAGAAGCCGAGAAUCAACAAUUUUUCCACGUUAGGCACCAGGGUAUAAUGGACAUCCUGACUCGUGUCCUACAGAUGAAUUAUGAGAUGUCUAGGAUGAUUGCCUCUUUAUCUGGUGCAGAUUCAGGUUUACAUCGCGAUGUUGCUACUAUGCAAGACGAAAUCCAGCGACAACUGGGAACCAUCAGAGGCAUGGAAGAAGUGAACGAACCCCCCACCUCAAGUAGCCGACCAUAUUUCUCGAAUUUGACAUUGGACAAUCCCCCAUCGCCUCGCCAGGUACCCCAAGAUGACCCUCGUCGCUCGUCAUUCCUUGGAGUUCCACCUCGCCAAAAUUUCCAUCGACCUCCUAUUCCAUCACAUUUGUCUCUCUCUGCCCGUAGAGGGUAUGGCUCGAUUGGAGGUACAGGUACGGGACAACCCUCACCAAGUUCACUGAGAGCCCAAGCGCCACCACCCGCACCCGCACCCGCACCCCCACCCCACCCACUCGCUAAUGCAUCAUCACCACCAACUAAUUUGUCACGCCGCCACACUUCUGCUGAUAUUCGUAACGUAGUCGGAUGGCAACCCACCUCAUCCCCUUUCGCGUCAGGCCAAUCGUCGUCACAAUAUCCAUCGUCUCCCAAGAGAACAGCAACACACAUGGCCAACGAGGAUCAACGAAUUCGCGAUAGUUUUAGCAUGUACUCACUCGCCGGAGCAACACAUGGCCACAGCAUGUCUCGUCCAACAACUCCUCCAUACACAAACGGAAACCCAGCAGAACAUCUAAAUAGCUGGUCCUGGGGCGGAUCUAAGGAUAGAGAAAGACCAGGUCUUUUCAGAGAUAACUCGGGACCCCCUACUCGGCGAGGAAGUAUGGCACAUAUUCUAAACCCGGCCGAAACUGCAGAACGCGCAGAAGAACACGAGGAAGAAAUGUUAAGGGAAGAAGAUCGCAAAAGAAAACGUCUUCAAUAAUUUCGAAUACUAACACUUAUUUUGCAAAACUGAACGAUAUGGGAGAAGCGAGGUGAUGCCCCUCGGUUUAAAUUCUUCGACUUUAUCAUGUAUGUUGAAAAUGUUGGGUGGAUGUUGAGUUCUUGACCUUUAAAUUUUUUGUGCAGAAACAGAAAUGACAUUGGGAAACAGUGUAUAGGAACACGAAUAGGAGGAAUUUGGAGACUUGGAUCAACUCAAGCUUUUGUUUGAUGGCUACAGCAAGCGUCUGUGGAAGAUGAUAGUUUGCAUAAAGGAUGGAAGUCCGGUGUACGUAGGACAAGACAGAGAGAAGAGAUAGAUAGUGACGUAGAAAGUAAUAUGGAAAGUUGAAGAUAUCACGAUGGUUGGGACCGGUUAUGGUUAUCAUACAUUGGACAUGGAUACUGGGUACAGCGUUUCAUGCAAACGCAUGGAAAUAAAAGUGUGUAAUAGCGAUGAUUGGAAAUUUCUCACGAUCUUAUAGUUGUCA